CAUGAUCCCCUGCAAAAGUCCCAUACGGUAUGACAAACGAGAUCCCAAAAGGGUCAAAAAGCCCAAUGGGCUGAUUUUUUAAUUAGGUCCAUUAAAAGAAGGCACCAGCCAUAUCACAGGGCAAAGCACAAGAGGAAGCAAAACCAAACAGGCCCAUAAAAAUUAGAAGUUCUGAACAUAGAAAUCGGGGAUUCAAUUCAAUUCCUUCCCUUUUCCUCUCCUCGUCUUCUUCAAACGCUUCUCUCGUCUUCUCUCAUCAAGGUCAAUUCCGCCGAGGGUUCUUUGUCAUUUCCUAAUGGGUAACUAUCCCCCUUUUCUGGAGAGAGAGAUUAGGGCACGAUUUGUAUUCUUUCUCUAGAAAGAACGCGACUGAAAUGAAGGGCAUGGGAUACGGUGCUUUUGGUGGAGGAGUUACACCGACGAGCAAUGAAAUGGGUGCAGAAUAUUACCAGGCCUCACAUUCAUCCCUAGGGCAGCCAUCGGCAUAUGGAUCCUCAAAUACUCCAGGAAUCCCUUUCAUUACCACAACAGCUUCUAACCCGCCAUGGGAUUCUAUACAUAAAGGAGAGAGCAAUGCUUCUGAGAAUGGUGUUUAUUCGAAUCCUGUAUACUUCCAUAAUCAGCAAACAGAGUUGACUAAUUCAAGGGAUCCUCAGGAUGGUGGUAAUCUGGCACCCAGUGCCUCUACUUCUGCAAGUUUGGUAUCAUCAAAUGGGGCGCAUGAUUAUGCUGGUUAUUCAUCUUAUUCAACUUCUAGUGAUCCAUCUGGAUAUGGCAACACGGGUUAUCAGAGUUAUUGUUAUGGCUAUCAACAGCAAGGUAACACUUCUUACUCUCAGCAAGCGGGAGCAUAUCAAAAUUCAGGUGUUCCUUAUCAGCCUGUUAACUCAUUUCAGAAUACAAGCCCACAUGUGGGUCCCACAAGUUACUCAGGCACUUAUUACAAUCCUGGUGUGUAUCAGACAUCUGGGGGAUAUCAGAGCACUGGCUAUAAUAAUCAGUCUAACUGGUGGAAUGAAGGAAAUUAUGGAAAUUAUUCUCACUAUCCUUAUUCCAACUACACUGCCACCGAUGCAAAUGGUCCACAAAAUUCUAAUGUCAGUGCAGUAAAUCAGCUUGAUUAUCAGCAAAACUACAAACAGUGGGCAGAGUACUAUAGUCAAACUCAAACCUCAUCCGAUGUUAGCUGUGCACCUGGGACAGAAACCACUCCUGUUACCACUGCUCCCUCAUCUUCAGAUUGUCCAAUUCCUGGUGUUAGUGGUAGCUAUGCAGUUCCAAAUAACAGCCAGCCACCACCACCUGGCACCUCUUCUUCAUGGAAGCCUGAUGUAAACUCAUCUGAAACACCUCAAUUACAGGUAACUGCUGUAACACAUGAAACCAAUGGGAGUAAUUGGACCGCCCCUGGAUUCCACAUUCAUCAGUACACUCAGCCGACAUCAUACUUUCAGAAACCUUUUAAUUCAGAUCUUCAUUAUGAUAGUUCUAAAGAUCUACCUACGAGUGUAUGUCCUCAAGGGCCAAAUUCACAAUUUCCUACUACUCACCAAGUUUCUCAGAGUUUCCACUUACCCUUGCAAUCAGUUUCAGCAUUGGAUACACGCAGGACGAACAAGAUGCAGAUUCCUACCAACCCAAGAAUACCUUCAAAUUUGGCACUAGGAUUGCCAAGAACAGAGAAGGACCACUCUUCGGCAGAUUCAGCAUCAAAACCAGCUUAUAUUAGUGUCUCCCUGCCGAAGUCUGAGAACAAAGUGGUACCUCAUGAUGGUGCUGAUGGCAUGUUUAAGCCUGACAGUUUUCCCCCAUCUCUUCUCACUUUUAUUGAGAGGGCAAUAGGACGCUGUAAGGAUGAUUCGCAAAGGGUAGCUUGCCAAGCUGUACUGAAGGAGAUAAUAACCAAAGCAAGUUCUGACGGCACACUUUUCACACGUAAUUGGGAUACUGAACCGCUUUUCUCGUUACCCAAUAAUGUGGUGGAUCCAACCCUUAAGGAGAGCACACAGAGCUCUAUGGGGGUUUCUUCACUCCUGAAAUACAGAAAGAGUCCAAGCAGACGCACCAAAAGUAGGUGGGAGCCCAUGGUAGAGGAAAAGGUGGAUGAGAAACUGGCCCCCUCCAGUCAUGAUCCAUUGAAAGACAGUAGUUUGCAAUGUCUCAAAGAGAGGGGCAACUCGGCUUCUACUGCAAAACGUGAGAGUAAAGAGGUUUCCUGGACAAACACGAAGUACUUCACGCAACAUCUAAAUAAAAGUGCCCAAAGGCCAGCUAAAAAGCCAAGGUUUGGUGAUAGCUCAAAUGCCGCUGAAAAUGGAGAUAAUUCUAGUGAUAGUGACAAGGAGUUGGGAUUAACAGCUUACUAUUCAGGGGCUAUUACUCUGGCAAAUUCACCAGAAGAAAAGAAAAAACGUGAAUCUCGAUACAAGCGUUUUGAAACAGGGCAUCAACGUCGUAGUGAAAGCAAGCAGUUCAGAUCAAGAGGGGCUGGAGCUGUAAACUACGUCGCUAGAAGGGCUAGUGCUUUGCUUCUUGCCAAGAAUCAUGAAGAUGGCUGUAGCAGAGCUGUUGAAGACAUUGAUUGGGAUUCUCUCACUGUCAAGGGUACUUGCCAGGAGAUUGAGAAACGUUACUUGCGGCUCACUUCUGCACCUGACCCUGCAACAGUGAGACCAGAAGAAGUACUGGAGAAAGCUCUUUUGAUGGUCCAAAGUUCACAAAAGAAUUACCUUUACAAAUGUGAUCAGUUAAAAUCUAUACGCCAGGAUCUUACUGUGCAACGGAUACACAAUGAACUAACUGUGAAGGUGUAUGAAACUCAUGCAAGAUUAGCUUUGGAAGCUGGGGAUCUGCCGGAAUAUAAUCAGUGCCAAUCACAGUUGAAAAGCCUGUAUGCUGAAGGAAUCAAGGGGUGCCAUAUGGAAUUCUCUGCUUAUAACUUACUGUGUGUAAUCUUACAUUCUAGUAACAACAGGGAUCUUUUAUCAUCCAUGGCGAGGUUAUCUGCAGAAGCGAAGAAGGAUGAGGCAGUGAAGCACGCAUUAGCAGUUCGUGCAGCUGUGACAUCGGGAAACUAUAUAUUGUUUUUUAGGCUAUACAAAACUGGUCCGAAUUUGAAUACCUGCCUAAUGGAUCUUUAUGUUGAAAAAAUGCGGUUUGAAGCUGUGAGAUGCAUGGCACGCUCUUACCGCCCGACCCUUCCUGUCGCAUUCAUUGCACAGGUUUUGGGGUUCAUGAGCGGGAGUGAUGAUAAGGAUGUGGAAGGAGUAGAAGAGUGUGAAGAAUGGUUAAGAGCACAUGGUGCAAGCCUUACUUCAGAUAAUAAUGGGGAGUUGCAAUUAGAUGCAAAGGCAACAGCUUCCAGUCUUUACAUGCCGGAUCCUGACGAUGCAGUGGCUCAUGGGGACUCAAGCCUUGCUGUUAAUGAUUUCUUGACCAAGUCAUAGCAGAGCAAUAUACACAGCUGGAAGAUGGAAUGACAACUGCGACAAAAGCACAAGCCCAACUUGAUUUCCAAGAUAUCAAGGAGUUGGGUGAGCCGCACUAUGGCCUUAAAUUAUUUACCAUUGGAAGGUGUGCUAAUCUUCUUUGCCUCCGUUCAUUAAGAGGAGACAAUGCAGCAUGAAAUGAGUUUCAGGUUCCCCAAUUUGGAGUUGUUCUAUUCAUUGGACUGCUCCCUUCCCUAUUCAUCGGGGCUGCCAUGAUAGGAAAGGACUUGGCAGCUUUGGGAAGGUCUCUCUCUCUCUCUCUCUCUUGAUUAGCAUUUAUCAAUGUAAUGUGUUUUUUCCCUUUUUCCUGUUAUUUUGGGAUAAGUGGGGUGUUCCACCUGAAACCCAGGCGAGCAAAGACAGUAACAUGGCACCCAACCCUCUGGAGUUUAAGCAGCCAUGGACGGUUGAAGAUAAGGUUGUAUAAUGGCAUUUUUGCUGUAUGCUACAUUGUGAAGGCGUUGUUGAGGCAGCUCCAAGUUAAAUAUAAUGAAAGUGUAUUAAUCAUGUGUUAAACUGAUACAUGUUAUGCUUACCCCCAAAAAAAACUGAUACAUGUUAUGAGUUA